GAGUGUGGACGGUUGAUAGGCUACAGUGGUACCUGAGUGACAGGUAUCAGUGAGUUGUGCGCGAACAACCGGAUUAUUCAGCAAACUAACGGAAAAUAAUUAAUGUUCGUUUUUAUAGCUAUGCUGUAGAUAAGUUUGUGUCGUACACUGAAGGUCAUUUUGUGAUAUUAGCCCACCAAGCAGCCUAGUGUGCGGUAGGUGGCUAGCUGGUUAGCUAACGACAGCGUCACUAGCAGAAAAUCGGAAAUAGACGCAGUGGAGAUAAAAGGUGCCACUGCUGCCGGUAACUGUCUGUGAAAGAAACCAUCAGGAGUGCCACGAUGAAUGUCGCUAAAAGUGGUUAUCGCGUCUUUUCAGCUAACUCGUCCGUAGCAUGCACAGAGCUAGCCAAGAAGAUAACGGAGCGGCUGGGAGUUGAACUGGGGAAGUCUGUGGUCUUUCAGGAAUCUAACAGAGAGACUAGAGUGGAUGUAAAAGAAUCUGUUCGUGGACAAACUAUCUUCAUCAUCCAGACAAUACCAAGAGAUGUCAACACAGCCAUCAUGGAGCUGCUGGUUAUGGCUUACGCCCUCAAGACCUCUUGUGCAAAGAACAUCAUUGGAGUUAUUCCGUACUUCCCCUACAGCAAGCAGUGCAAGAUGAGAAAGCGGGGCUCAAUAGUGUGCAAGUUGUUAGCUUCAAUGCUUGCUAAAGCAGGUUUAACACACAUCAUCACCAUGGACUUGCAUCAGAAGGAGAUCCAAGGCUUCUUCAGCUUUCCAGUGGACAACUUACGUGCCUCCCCUUUUUUGAUUCAGUACAUCCAAGAGGAGAUUCCCGAUUACCGAAAUGCCAUCAUUGUGGCAAAGUCCCCAGCAGCAGCUAAGAGGGCUCAAUCCUAUGCAGAGCGCCUGCGUUUGGGUCUGGCUGUGAUUCACGGCGAAGCUCAGUGUUCAGAGUCUGACAUGGCUGAUGGAAGACACUCACCACCAUGUGUACGCAACACAACAGGACACACAGGACUGGAGCUACCUUCAGGCAAACAACAAGCCCCGUUCCCUGGCAUAGAGCUCCCAAUAAUGAUGGCCAAGGAGAAACCUCCCAUUACCGUUGUCGGAGACGUGGGAGGGAGAAUUGCCAUCAUUGUGGAUGACAUUAUAGAUGAUGUAGGAGACUUUGUCGCAGCUGCAGAGAUCCUGAAAGAGAGAGGAGCCUAUAAAAUUUAUAUCAUGGCCACACAUGGUUUACUGUCUGCUGAUGCUCCCCGCCUCAUAGAAGAAUCUGCCAUUGAUGAGGUGGUGGUGACCAACACAGUCCCCCAUGAAGUACAGAAGCUGCAGUGUCCCAAAAUCAAGACUGUGGAUGUCAGCAUGAUUCUGGCUGAGGCUAUCCGCCGCAUCCACAAUGGAGAGUCCAUGGCCUACUUGUUCCGCAACAUCACUGUGGACGACUAGACAGUGUCAGACAGUGAGGGCUGAGCACUAAAGUGAAUGGAAGCCAAUGUGUGUCUGGAAGAGGACAUGUGCACUGAAAAACUGAAAAAUUGUGAGCAGCAGUUUAUAGUAAAUUGACACAAACAUGUGAACAUCAGGAUGGUCUGGACGUUGGUCUCUAAAUUCCUGUGGUGUCUCCCUGUAAGGACCUACACUUUUGAACAUGUGCACCUUUCUGUGGCCUCUGAGUAAAUUUCAGAGUGAAGCUCAAGGGGAAAUAAGUUUAUUUCUAUGCCAAUUGAGCCUUUUGCUCAGGGAAAUAUACUUUAUAAGCCAAUGCACACUUAUUUGUUUUUGUGUUCUUGCAAGAAAAAAAAAAAAAAAAGAAAAAAAGUUUGUUGAGAACGUCUUCCAUACAGCUGUACUGCACGCCUUUUGCUUUUUACCAUUGGUUUAGUUUUGUUAUAAGUACUGUGUCAUGGUUUGGUAUUUGACAGCUAAAGAUGCACACCCGGGUAUUGGACCUUGUCUGUAUCAAAUGUUGAAGCUAUUCCAGCUCAGAUUUUACAUGUCAUUAGCAUAUUUCAUGAUGUCCUCUCUGUAUGUGCUCUUCCCCUGACUUAUCUGCAAUGUCAAGGACGUAUACUUCAAAUAUCCUUCUGUCUGCCUCUACAGCAUUUGUCAAUGUCUAAUGAAAAUAAAAAGGUUUCCUCUUGUGCCUUGUCUCUAGAGGAAAGUCAAACUUU